AUGGAGCGCAAAUAUGCCCCUGGUAUCGUGGUCCUCAACAAGAGGUACUUCACACGAGAUGCGCUGAGCGCCGCGCAAGUCGGUGCCAGUGCUUUCACCUUGUCGGUCCUUCGCGUCCUCAUUGAUGCCAAGGUCCUUUCUGGCGUCGUUCUAUACUCGCGUGAUGAGAAAAUCACUGCGGCAGAUAUCCAGAUCGAGGAGGACUGGAGCGGCGUACCAGUAGUCACUGUAUACUUCAACUUUCGCAUGACUCAAGAAACCGUGGCGCCAGUUCUGAGCAUGGCUUUUAACUACACGGCACUCAAGCAGCAUGGAAGAAGAUGUCAACCAAUCGUGUACUACCAAACCGAUACACUCCUCCAAUACCACCCACAUGGAUACCAAUUCUGUGUUACCCACCACGGUCCCUUUGUGUCGCAUUUCACUGAGCAGUUCUCUCCAGAGCUGUCAAGGCUUGCCUUUGGCGGAGAUGCGAACAAGGUCGACGUCCUCGACCAACAGCAACGCAGUGGUAUCGACAGAUUGCUAGAGGAUAAAUUCGGUACCGUUCUGGCACACUCGAACCUCCAGCGACGAGUCCUACAGAGUGAAGGCUUGAGUGCCGGUCGCUUCAAGUACCUGCGGCCGCCAAUUGGAGUGCCUCAACUCGAGAGCCCUAGCAUCCUACCUGAGAACAUGCAACAGUUCAUUGCUGGGUCAGAAAUCCUCCUCUUCACGGCAGUAGCACGCUUGGAUUAUUUCAAGAACGUUGAGCUGCUGGUCCAAUCGGGUAUUCAGCUCUUGAACAAGGGUCUUCCCGUGCGCGUCCUGGUGGUUGGCGAUCCAGAGGAAGACACCACGCGCCGGGCGAACCUGCUGAGUUCAGUCCCUGAACACCAGCGUCACAACUUUUUGAUCCUCCCCAGAUUGCCCAAGGACCACCUCUAUGCCCUAUUUGCCGCCACUACCCAAAAUGGCAUCUUUGUCUGCCCGUCGCGGUAUGAGACGUUGGGCAUCACGCCCCUCGAGGCCGCUGCCAGCGGUGUCACCACGCUGAUGACAGAAACUCCCAACGUCGAGGCCCUGGACUUUAUGCCCGCGACAUGCCGGGUGCCACAAGAGGCCGAGAGCAUUGCCGCGCGGGUCGAAAAGAUCUACGGCGACGGCAUCCCAGUGUGGGCGGAGAGGGUCAAGAACCACGUGCGGCCCGAGACGUCGAUCGAGGGCUUCGGAGCCGAUCUGCUCAAGGCCUGGGCAGAGAUGACCAUGAGCCGCCGUCGUGUCAGUACUCCUACCACCCUGACGAGGCAGGAUCGCGUCGGCUCCUGGGGCGACCGGGUCACACGGCCCCGACCUCGGCUGGCGACAGGGUUCCUCUCUGAAAGCUUCUCGGAGAUGCUCACGCAUGUACCCAUGUCACCGGUCUCGUUGAUCGUGUCGCCAUGA